AGUAUCUUUUUUUUUUUUUUUUUUUUUCUUGUUUCUGGCCACUGCCUGCCGGAGCGCUGGGAUGAUUACCCGCUGUGCAUCAGCAAAGAGGAGCGAGUGAACCGCAGCGAAAGAGGAUGAUCCCGGGAGGCCAGGCCAGGAGAAGAGAACACCUUCCAAGGAGCUGUUAACCCCCCCACCCCUCUCAGCCAGGUUUUCACCCACCCGGCUUCCCAAAAGUGCCCUCCCUCCACCCCUGUGGCCCUCUCAGCCUACCUGAGUGCUAGUCACAACACGCUGGAGCCGCAGAGUCACCGAGUCAUUCACUGAGAGCUGAGCAACCCUGGAUUGCCCCAUGGGACGCCGCUGCAGCCACACUGGCUGAGGAAGACUGAGGAGCUUCACCGGCCGGCUGACCCGCAGGAUGUCAAAAGCCUCCAAGCUGGUCCGGCCCCCGUCGGCAGGGGCCGGGUCCAAGCUGCCCUCCCCGAGGAAGGAAUGCCCCGGGACCGGCGCCGUGGCAGGAAGGGCACGGGUGGUGAGCGUUGGGGAGAAGCUGAUGAGGGCAGGUAGCGACGGCGUCCCGAGCAGACAGAAGCCUUUAAGUGUGGCUGUGCCGCAGGACAAAACACACACCCCGACCGAGACCCAGGCCUCCAGCCAGUCUGCUGCAGAGAAGAGCCAGAAUGUGGACAUGGUGCCACCCAAGAGCAGGAUCGGCCCACCUAAAGCAUCAACUCAGCAUCAACAGCAAGGCCCUGGAAACAAGCAGUCCAAGAGCAACCUGAAAGUAACCUCCCCGGAGGACGCCGAGCAAAUAAGCCGCAGACAGGCGUCCCCAAAUGGGACGCCGCCUCCGAGAGGGGACGCCAAAGGGAGCCGCACUGUCCCCCGAAGGCACACGUUAGGGGGGGCCCGCAGCUCCAGGGAGAUCCUGGCCAUGCAGCCGUCGGAUAUGGACAAAAAGAGGGAGGCCUUCCUGGAGCAUCUGAAGCACAAAUACCCCCAUCAUGCAUCGGCGAUCAUGGGCCACCAGGAGAGGCUGCGGGAGCAGUCUUUGCAGGGCAUGCUCUCCUCCCUCCACUCUGAGCUUGACAUUCAGAGGUAUUUGAUGAAAAUCCAAUUGCCCCACAGAAGCAGAAGCCCAAAGCACGGCCCCAGCCCCCAUCCCAGCGUCGGCGACCAGAUCGACCACCUCUCCCUGGCCUCCCUGGAGUCGCUGGACGCCAUGUCUGAGUGCGACGCGCCCACGGGCUUCACCCGCGGCAGCCGGGUUCGUGCCAGCCUGCCUGUAGUGCGAUCAACCAACCAGACGAAGGACCGCUCUCUAGGUGUGCUGUACCUGCAGUACGGAGACGAGACCAAGCAGAUUCGCAUGCCGAAUGAGAUCACCAGCAUCGACACAAUCAGAGCUCUGUUUGUUAGUGCCUUCCCACAACAGCUCACCAUGAAGAUGCUGGAGUCGCCGAGCGUCGCCGUCUAUGUCAAAGACGACAUGAGGAAUAUGUACUACGAGCUUGCUGAUGUCAGGAACAUCACGGACCACUCCUGCCUGAAGGUGUACCACAAAGACCCUGCACAGGCGUUCAGCCACGGACCGCGACCCGCCAAUGGCGACGCCAGGAUGCACAACGAAAUGGCACAUGCUGUCCGAGAUGGCCAGCACCCUCUCAGACAUCCCCCCAUGGGUCCGCCGCCGCACCACCCCAUGCAGGGAGUGCUUCCCCCAAGUCCGCACUCCAUGCCCCCUUCCCCCUCCAGAAUACCGUUUGGGCCGCGGCAGGGGCCCGUACCUGGGAGCGCCACCAUGCCAAGGGAACGGCUGGCCAGCGCCAACCCCCCACCUCGCUCCAUCUCGCCCUGUCCCAGCGCCAUCUUGGAGCGGAGGGACGUCAAGCCAGACGAAGACAUGGGCGGAAAGAGCCACAGUCUGUCACGGGGAAACGAAGGGUUGUAUGCUGAUCCCUACCUCCUACAGGAGGGGCGAAUGGGCAUGGCUGCGGCUCACGGACCACAUCCCGGCCCUGGGCUCGACGGUCCAGAUCAUGGCCUUGGUGGAUUUCAUCGUGCGUCCAUACGCUCUACCAGCUCGUACAGUGGUCCCAGCCCCACUGACACUAUCGAUCACCCUUCACUGUACCGACAGAAGUCUCGAAACAGCCAGCUGCCCACGUUGGGCUCCAAAACUCCUCCCCCGUCCCCUCACAGGAUGACUGAGGUACGGAUGAUUGACCUCCAUGGCGGGCCUCCCCAUGGCGUGCCUCCCCAUGGCGUGCCUCCCCAUGGCGUGCCACCUCAUGGCGUCCCCAUGGAGAGAAGCUCGCCUGUGCGCCAGUCAUUCAGGAAAGAGGAAGUAGCGGGGACUAAGCCCAGAAACAACAUGGGAUCACCGGUCGUUCCAGACCUCCAGGGUCACGUCCAGGGGCCCAUCCCAGCUGCUGGUGACCAUCAGACGCGAGAGCGAAUGAAGGCUAUGGAGCAACAGAUUGCCAGCUUGACUGGUCUUGUUCAGCAUGCACUUUUAAAGGGCCCAAACACUAGUGGCGCCAAGGAGCCUCCAAGCGAGAGACCGCCGAAGACAUCAUCUCCAGCUCACAGCACACACAGCUCAGGUGGUUCUCCGGUCUUGGCUCCCAAGAAUACUGCAGCCCCAACAGAGAAGAGCUCAGUUCCUCUGAAAGUCAACCUCCUGCAGUUCAGGAAGAAUGUUUCUGACCUCAGGAUGCAACUCCAUCAGAUGAGACAGCUGCAGCUCCAGAACCAGGAGGCAUUACGGGUGCAGCUGAAGCGAGCGGAGCAGGAAAUCAGUAUUAAACUUGCAGAGUCUGUGCGUCGUCUGGAGGACCCUGCGCAGAAGCAGAGACAUUUGGUUGAGGAGGACAGGCACAAGUACCUGGGUCUGGAAGAGUGUGUCCUCACACAACUUGGUGAGUUGGAGCAGUACGUGGGCGCUCUGCAGAACGACUCCGCAGCCACACAUCGAGCGGUCACCCUCAAGGAUGUGGAAGAGGGAGCGGUAACUCUGAGGAAGGUGGGAGAAUCUCUGGCAGGGCUCAAAGGAGAGUUUCCGGCCCUGCAGACCAGAAUGAGGGCUGUGCUCAGGGUGGAAGUGGAGGCCGUCAAGUUUUUGAAGGAGGAGCCUCAUAAACUGGACAGCAUGCUGAAAAGGGUCAAAAGCCUGACUGACACGCUCAGCAGUCUGAGAAGAAGUGCAACAGAGCUCUCUCAGAAAGGCGUUGAUCCUUCCAUAAAUGCCUCCCUGGAAAGCAGCUCCGCUGCAGCAGGAGGAGAGACACAUGCAGAGACUCCCUCAGCGCCCAUCCAGCCCGGCUCGGCCUCGGCCUCGGCUCCGCCGGAGCCUCAGAGCUCCACCAUCAGGUCCGAGGUGAUGCCUUCCUCCCCAGUGGUCAUCCAUCAUGUCCAGAGCGCCCCGGUCCACAUGCAGCAGUCCCAGCAGUCCGCGGCCUUAACAGCUCAGCCGAGUCCCCCGCUCACCCCCAGCCCCACUCAGGUCUCCAGUCCCAACGUGAGCAAGAGCCAAGGCCGGGAGUCUCCGAAAGGGGCCGCCUCUAAUCCACAGAGUCCCACCCGACUUAAGAAGACUCAGGGGAACUCGGUGAAUAAUGGGAACGGCACUGCCAGCCAGGGCCUCGUCAUAGAGGAGCUCCAGAACAGUCAGGACAAGAGCAAAAACAGAGCUAUGUCCAUCGAGGCAGCAGAGAAGGAGUGGGAAGAGAGGAGACAAAACAUGGGCCAAUAUGACGGAAAAGAGUUUGAGAAGUAUCUCCAGGAGGCCCAAGCUAAUUUGAUGAAGGGAAUUCCAAACCUAGAGGUGGAGGAAAAUGCAGCACCACCUCCUGACACUGUUGUACAACAACAGGAAGUCCACAACCCUGGCGACACACCAUCUGUGGAGCCCCAGUCACCCUCCGAGAAACAAGCCAAGAAAGUUCCAGAGAAACUCCCGAAGCCUGUGAUGGAGAAACCUGCCAAGCCAGCAGCGGACAAACCCCCCAAAACUGCCAACAAGCCAGCAGCCUCUGACAGUUUGGUCAGGCAGGGGUCAGAUAAGGCCAGAAAGUCCCCACCACCUCCGCCUCCUCCGAGGAAAACCUACCCCAGCUCAGGCAUGACCACAACGCGGUCCGGUGAGGUGGUGUUUACCAGCAGGAAGGACUCCGUCUCGGCUCAGGAGGGUGAAGAGGAGCCCCAGCCUCCCUCCCCUCAGCCCAAGACCACGAAGGUCACACCGGAGGUCAAGGCGAAGCCCGCCACUCCUCCGCCUGUCACUGCCUCGGUCACCAGAGAAGAAGAGGAUGAAGGCGACAAGAUCAUGGCAGAGCUCCAGGUAUUCCAGAAGUGCACAGUUAAGGAUGUAGGGCUGAAAAAUUUGGUAGAGCCCGCCACUCGAAUUGAACCACAAAUCAGAGAGCUAAGAUCAGGGGCUCUAUUGCCUCUCAAAGAGAAAAAGCAGAGCUCAGAGCCCAUUCGAGAGGAUAAACAGCCCGACACUGAUGAAAAUGGGAACACUACUGUACGACAGAGCCAAGGGGUCAUUUACUACGUGACUGGCAAGAUCCCCCAACCUCCCUCAUCAGAAACUGUGGAGACCCCCGAGCACAGAGAGCCCCCACAGCCUCAAACACAGGUGUCAAAUGUCAAUGCUAAUGACGAUUCUUCAAGCCAGGAACAGCAGCAGCAGCAGCAGCAGCAGCAAAAGCAGCUGCCUCCGUCUCCACCGCCCAAAUCACCAGUUACACCUCCGCCAAUAUCGCCUAAACCUGUGGGACUCAAUGGAUUCAAACUUCCCAAGAAGCAAGUGAAACGCUCUGAAUCCUUGAAGACCGGCGCAGAACUGCAAAAAGGAAAAGUCCUCAACAUAGUAAACACUGAAAAGAAAAGUAAAAUCACACAAGAGCAGCUCACUUCUGGUAAGAAUAUUCCACCUGAUUCAGUGGUGACUGUGACAACCACUGCCGCAAAAGAAGCACCUAAAAAGCUGAAAAAGACUUCUCAACAAAACACUGAGCCACAAAGAGCUAACUCCGAGGACAGUGACGACGGGGCUGGUCUUAGUCCCGAUUUACCCGGAGAUGAAGCCCCUCCACCACCAGACAAUGUUGCUUUUAUGAUCACUAACACCAAGGUUCAGCCUCUGUCUUGUGGCGAGUACCAAGAACUGGUCAAUGCCAAGAAAGGAAGCGUCCAGACGGUUACCGUCGGCAACGCAGCAACCCGGGGAAACACCGCCGCCGAUGCCACAGGGCCGCAGGAUAAUGGCUUCAACAAGAAGCCCGUCAUCAUCAUCUUUGACGAGCCGAUGGAUAUCCGCUCAGCUUACAAGCGACUGUCCACCAUUUUUGAGUGCGAGGAGGAGCUGGACAGGAUGCUUUCAGAAGAGCGCAUCGACGAGGAGAGCGAGGAGUCCGACACGGAGCAGAGGGGUGGGCUCCAUCUGAAAGCUGAAGGCGGCGAGGCAGUCGAUGGCAGCAAAGGUAGCGGCUCGCAAGGAACUUUAUCCUUGUCAUCGUCUUCGAUGUCUGACAACGGAGGACACGAGGAGUCAAAUAGCGACGCCAAGCAGGACGGGAAGAAAAAGUUCAAAUUUAAGUUUCCCAAAAAACAGCUGGCGGCGCUGACACAGGCAAUCCGCACCGGCACCAAGUCUGGAAAGAAGACUCUACAGGUUGUCGUGUACGAAGACGAGGAGGAAUCUGAUGGUACAAUCAAGCAGCACAAAGAAGCAAAAAGAUUUGAGAUUGCACGUUCAAAAUCUUUGGCGGAGGCCCCCAGAGGUGCUGGCAGCGCCGCAAUGAAAAGACAGAAUUCUGAGGCGGUCUGCAGAACGGAUGAGAUUCGUAAAAAUACCUACAAGACACUGGAUAGCCUGGAGCAGACCAUUAAGCAGCUGGAGACGACUAUUACCGAGAUGGGGCCGCGCUCCCCCGACGAGCCAAUCAGCACUGAGGAAUCUAGAGCAGGAAAUGGGAAAGGCUCAGAAGGAGUGGGGCUGAAGAGGUCCUCCUCUCUCCCGACCUCCAGGGGGCCGGGCCUCAAGGGACCCAGCAAAAAUGCUUUACAGAAGAAGAAUAAGCCUCAGCUCCUUCCUCGUCCUGUAGUCGUCCCCACCACCAGCAGCACCACCAACACUGUCCCCAGUGUCCCGAGCACCGUGCAACAGAACACCAGUGUCGCUUCCCCCACUAGUCGGAUGCCCGUCCCUUUAUCCGCGAAGUCCAGACAGUCACCGGGUACAACCGACAAGGCAGGAAAACAACAAAAACUGCAGGACGCUCAAAGGCAGUUUCGACAGGCUAACGGAAGUGCUAAAAGAGUGGGAGGGGAUCAUAAAACAACUUCCCCAACUUUACCCACCUCUAAAAUCCCUGCUUUUUAUCCUAGCUCUGCUAAAGGCAGCUCCCAGUCUGCACAAAACUCAGAUGCUACUAAUCCCAUUAACCCUUCUUCUUCCUCCUCCUCUGCCACAAAGUCCUCCACCCUGUCCUCUCAUGCUCCCCGUUCCGGUUCCUCCUCCUCCUCCUCCUCCUCCUCCUCCUCCCACAUCCCCUCCCUGUCUAACGGAUCCCUCAAACUCCCCACACCCUCACAGCACACAGGUAAAGCUCUUUCGUUCUCCUCGCAGACUCAGAAUGGUCGAGUGCACUCCUCCUCCUCCUCCUCUUCAUUCUCCUCCUCAUCCUCCUCCUCCUCCCCCUCCCCUCUGUCGCCCACACCUUUGGGCCAAGGUGGAAAGAGCAUCCGCACCAUACACACCCCCAGCUUCACCAGCUACAGGUCCCACAACGGCAGCAGCGGCAAAUCCUGCAUCCCAACAGCCACAGCAGCUAAGGACAGUACCUAGCUCCGUGUGUUGGUUACACAGCUCAGCAGGUAGAACUGCUCGUGUUUUAUAUUUUACAGUUUUGGAUUUGUUGUUUGUUUUUGUUUUAAAACCUUUUUUUUUUUUUUUUUUUUUUUUUUUUUUUUUUGUAAAAGUAUUAAGUGAUGCACACCCUCAAUUUACCUUUUAUCCAACACUGGCAUUCAUUCGUCUUUUUGUCUCUCUUGAGUUUUAAAUUUUGGACCGUCUUUGGAUUUGGAUUCCUCAUCGAAGGUGUAUCAGAUGUUUUAACAAAAUAUUUUAUAAAGUGAAUACAAAUGAUCAAGUUUUACCACUUUGUAGUUGAAGUGGAAGGCUUUUAAUGGUGUUGAAAAUAUAUAUAUUUUCUUGCCGUAGCUCUAAAUAGGGAUUAUAGAGUUGAUGUACAAUCACAAAAUACCAUGUAAAAAAAAAAGUGUUUUAUUUUUGAGAUAAGAGAUUGAAUAACCGUAGUAUAUUUCAUCUUCUAUAUUUCUUAUGUUGCCAGACAUUCAACACAGCCCUUGUAAAUGCCUUUUAUGAUUGUAUACAAAAUGUAUACACACAUGUUAAAGUGAAACCCAUUAGUAACUUUGAUUUUCUCAGAGUAUUUUCUCAUUUUUCACCCAUAUGAACUGCCAAUUUCUUUUACAGAUGUACAACUGGUAUUAAGAGUAAUACAAGUUUUCAUUUUAUUGUGCCUAUUUGCCAAAGUUGUUGUAUAAUGACUCACUUCAGGCCUAACCCAGUCAGUCAUGUGCGUUAGGGGAAUUUACAUGCACUCUGCGGUGUGAUGCUGAAUGGUGAACCGCAGUGUUUUCACUGCUGGUCUUGGUUUGUUAAGUUAACAUGUAUUGUUGUCUAAAUGUAAUCUGUACUAAAAA